ACGACAGUUUCGGUUGCCGUACGACUGAAGCCUUGUUUUGGGAGCAACGUGGAGUUGUUUACUAUUUCUGACAGCCUUCUCGGGUUAAAAACAGAUGUAAUUCUGCCUACAAUCACCCACCCGUUGGAAUUUGGACGGUCAGCCUCCAAGAAAAAAUGGGGAAGCCAAAGAAAAAGAGUGAUCUCAGCCGGGCUGAGCUUAUGAUGAUGACCAUUGCUGAUGUCAUCAAUCAGCUGGUUGAAGCACAUGAAGAGGGCAAAGAUAUUAAUCUCAACAAAGUGAAGACUAAGACUUCAGCAAAGUAUGGACUUGAAUCCAUGCCUCGAUUGGUGGACAUCAUCGCUGCGGUUCCACCACAGUACCGCCGGGCUCUGGUGCCCAAACUGAAGGCCAAGCCCAUCCGCACUGCCAGUGGGAUUGCAGUGGUUGCUGUGAUGUGCAAACCACAUCGAUGUCCUCACAUCAGCUUCACAGGCAACAUCUGUGUCUACUGUCCUGGAGGACCAGACUCAGACUUUGAGUACUCCACACAGUCGUACACUGGAUAUGAGCCAACGUCCAUGAGAGCAAUCCGAGCCCGCUAUGACCCCUACCUCCAGACCAGACAUCGAGUGGAGCAGCUGAAGCAGCUGGGACACAGCGUGGACAAGGUGGAGUUCAUCGUGAUGGGCGGGACCUUCAUGGCUCUGGCUGAGGAGUACAGAGACUACUUCAUCAGGAACCUGCACGACGCCCUGUCAGGACACACCUCCAACAGCGUGGCCGAGGCCGUCAGGUAACAGCUCACUGCAGGAGCCAUUAUUGUCUAUACAUGACACUCAAUACUAAAGAGAACAUUGCGUUACAGUUACUUAAUAACACUUUAUAACAACUCACCUCUGGCUGGCAGAGAACUCACUGCUAUAGCUUUGGUUCCUCCCCUCCACUACCAUGAACAACUGUGGGAGAAACUUCUGUGUAGCAAUGCAGGAGGAGUCACCGACUCAA